AUGAAGAUCUCUUACUUGUAUUGGAAUGCUCGGGGUGUUGGUACGUCGAGGAAGCGGCUUAAAAAAUUGGUAUCGAAGCUCCAUCCUAAACUACUUGCUAUUGCUGAGCCUAUGGAUUUAAAUCUAGUUGUUGAUUCUAUGGGAGACCAAUUUUUGACUGUUCAUAUCAAUAGUCUGAAUGAUCUUUGCAUUACUUUUGUUUAUGCAAAAUGCUCCUACUUGGAGCAUAGGCGUCUGUGGGGUUCGUUGAUGGAUGCUAAUACUCAUAAUUUACCUUGGAUGGUGCUGGGAGAUUUUAAUAUUAUCAUAAAUGACUUGGAGAGAAGAGGGGGUAGGCCACCGUUGACAUUGGCCAUGGAGGAGUUUAAUGGUUGGGUGGAUUCUUGUGGGAUCCUUGAUAUGCCUUUCCGUGGAAAUUCUCUAUCUUGGUGUAACGGUCAUUUAGGAAAUUCCAGGCACUGGGCUCGACUUGAUCGGUUUUUCCUUAAUAUAGCUGCCUUAGCAGUUUUUCCCGAUGCUAAUAUGGAAUACUUGGCACGCACCUCUUCUGAUCAUGCACCUAUGGCGGUUUCGCUGGAAAAUCAGCUUGUGAGAGCUUGGAACAAGCAAAUUUUUAGUAGAACUGAAACUCAUAUAGCGGAACUUGAGGAUCGGAUAAAGGGCUUGGAAGUUAGAUUACCAUCUGAUUACUCGAACGAGGUGGAGGAUGAUCUUGUUGCUACCCAGCUGGAUCUUUCAGCGUGGCUGGACAAGGAAGAACAACGCUUAGCCCAAAUUGCUAAAUAA